UCCAAAGUGCUUCGGGAAAAAUGGCUGCUACGGGGAGGGGCCGAGGAGGAGGAAGCCAGGAGACGGCAGUCUGAGGAGGACGAACUCAAAGUCAAGCAGCUUGAGGAUAACAUUCAGAGGCUGGAGCAGGAAAUACAAGCGCUCGAAAGUGAAGAGUCCCAGAUAUCUGCCAAAGAGCAGAUCAUCCUUGAGAAACUGAAGGAGACAGAGAAAUCUUUCAAGGACUUGCAGAAGAGUUUCUCCACAGAUGAUGAAGCUAUAUACGCCAUGGAAAUUAAUGUGGAGAAAGACAAACAGACAGGAGAGACCAAGAUUCUCUCUGCAUCCACCAUUGGCCCAGAGGGGGUCCAUCAGAGAGGAGUCAAAGUCUAUGAUGAUGGUACCAAAGUAGUGUAUGAGGUGCACUCAGGAGGCACUGUGGUAGAAAAUGGCUUCCACAAAUUAAGCGCAAAGGAUGUGGAAGAACUAAUUCAGAAGGCUGGACAAUCGAGCUUCAGGGGACACAUGUCUGAAAGGACUGUUGUUGCAGAUGGGAGCCUGGGCCAUCCCAAGGAACACAUGCUCUGCAAAGAAGCCAAGUUAGAAAUGGUACAAAAAUCUAGGAAAGAUCACGCUUCGGGAAACCCCGGGCAGCAGGCCCAGCCCUCCAGCACGGAAGGGCCAGAGGCAAACCUGGAUCAACCCGUCACCAUGAUUUUUAUGGGCUACCAAAACAUUGAAGAUGAAGAGGAGACUAAAAAGGUGCUAGGCUAUGACGAAACCAUCAAGGCCGAACUAGUCCUAAUCGAUGAAGACGAUGAGAAGUCGCUAAGAGAGAAGACAGUGACGGACGUGUCCACGAUCGAUGGAAAUGCAGCUGAGCUGGUGUCCGGGAGACCCGUGUCAGACACCACAGAACCCUCAUCCCCAGAAGGCAAGGAAGAGAGCCUGGCCACAGAACCGGCCCCAGGUACCCAAAAGAAAAAGCGCUGUCAAUGCUGUGUUGUCAUGUGACCACUUCUUUCUCCUCCCCUUUCUUCCGGGCAGCCUCUCUACUCUCCACCUCUUAAAUAGACCUCACUGUACCACUAACAGCGAUACUGUGAACUGGAAGCAAACACCUGCCUUGCCUCGCAGUUGGAUUUGCUUUGAUCUCUCACUCACAUCUUUCCUUCUCACUUGGGAAACAACGUGCAUGUGUGUGCUUCAUUUUUUUUUCUCCCCAAGAACUUACUUUUUCCUCUAAACCUUUCCUUGUGUCUUCAAGAGUGAAUCAGUGCCGUACUGCUCGAUUGGAGUGGACUCUUCAUAGCAACUGGUUAUCUAGUAGCCUUAAUUGACUUGACUGGACUCACACCCGUUGUUGGCACCGGGGGUUUUCAUUUUGGCGUGUGUUCCUCUAACAUAGACACGCAUACACAGAACAUACACACUGCCAUGCCCCUGGCUUCUCGCCUGCCUCUUUUGCUGUGUGGGUCUUUGUUUUUUUUUUUAUAUAUAUCUUGUGUAGCAAAAUGCUGUGAGCUCUAGCCGGUUGCUAGCAUAGUCGAAAGUGGACCUAUCUUAACCUGGCUGUUCUAGGGUGACACGUUUUCUUUGCUGCCUUACAUACGCUUCCAAAUUACAGUAUUGUACUUUCCUUCUGUUAAAACGGAUACGAAGUUGACUGGAAAGCAAAGAACCCAGCGCCUGGCCCAGCUAAAGUGUAGGGACUGACGCAUCUAUCACCUGCCAGUCAGCAGCUUUCUCUUUCUAUGGCUUACCCAAUGAACCCUUUCUACAGGACUUUCUAAGGACCUCAGGCCACCAUUGUUUUCAGCAUCUGUAGUGCUCGCCAACCCAUAAGCCUUGUUUCCAAGCUCUCCCAAAAUGUAAAUUUUUAUAUUGUUUUCUUUCUCAUGGGUAUCUUCUGAUUGAAUUCAGCUAUUUUCAAAAAGUGGAUCAUUUUGAGAAGUCUCUCUGCAGUGACCAUAUUUCUUAAAACAGUCUUUCUGACCUAUAGGGGCUGUCAUUACACCCCUACUGAAUCCAGGAUGGUGCUGUAAGCAUUAGCUGUCCAUUUCCCAUGCCCAGCUGAUUAGUCUCACAUCUGUGCUUUUUUCUUUUUUUUACUUUUUAUUUUGUUUUCAUAUUCCCAUGGGUAAGAGGAUGUUUUGGGUAACCUCAAUGUAUAGUUUUCUCCACUCUUAAAAAAAAAAAAAUUGGGCAGUGGUGGUACAUGAGGUGGAUCUCUGUGAGUUCAAGGCCAGCCUGUUCUACAGAGUGAGUUCCAGGAUAGCCAGGGCUACACAGAGAUACCACAUCUCAACAAAAAUCAAAUAGACAGACAAAGGUUUUUCAAUGUGAAAAGCAUUGAAAGACAAAGAAAGAUCAUAAAUAUUUCCACAUGGUCUGAUUGUCACAUUCCCUGGGCUUCUUAAGGCUUCCUUUCUUCAAUUUCUGGGAAUUCUAGAAUAUUGAGGAAUUUUUUUAACCUAAAACAUGAUGAACAACCCUUGAAAUACAUUGUUAGAAUGGCCCCAACCUGGACAUCCACAUGAUUAGUGAAACCAAAGGGAAGGAAUUUAGAAAAAGAGCCCUAAUACAGGAAUAAAAUGAAGUGGUGAUGUGUUAACUGAUUUUGAUGAAAGAUAACUUUGUUUACCCUGACAUUCAAAAUAUCAUCACAAAUCAAUACCAGAAUCAUGUAUAUUCCCAUGGAAUAUAGUCUCAAAAACCAUAUGCUUGACCUCCUACAUCAAGUCUCAACAUAUCUGAAAGGAAGCUCAGAAAAAAAAAAUAAUAAUGAGGAAGCCUGAGGAAUUGCAGUAAAGAGCCAACUAAAUUCAUCCCAUUUAGCUUGUUUGAAGAUAAAUCUGUUAUUUUGUUCAUUUCUUGGCUUAAAGUUAUAUUUAUUACAAUUAGAGGGAAAUGACAUUUUAUUUCUGUUAUUUUAUCUCAAGUAGUAUCAUUUUUAUUGAGUAUGUGAGUCAUCUUUAAUAUGUUAGCAAGAAAAAUUAAAUAAAGAAAUAGCAAAGAGGUGAACUACAUUUCUCAGAUUGUCCCCUCUGUGGUCUCCUUGAGAGAUCUGGGGAAUUAUCACUAGGUCUGGACUUCACGUGGAAACCUGGUUCCAGUGCCAGCAGCCCUUAUUGCUGUCAGCUUCAUUUUCCUCCACAGGUGGUUAAAAUAGCACACAAUCCUUGAAAAAAACCUCAAAGGAUAAACCCAUUUCCACAGAAGGAGAAACUAGUUCCCAUGGUUUUAGACAAUCUGUCAUUUUGAGAGUUCAUUUGGGAAGUACGCAAUCUAAAAGUUUACUUCGUCUAUCUCUUUUACUGUCUUGGGGAUUUAGACUGCUCAAUGUGAGGUUUCAAAAGCACAGUGAGGGAGUGGGUGGCAGAGCUCAGAUCACCCUGGGCUUGAUGUCUGGAGCUUCUAGGGACACAUCCCCCCGCCCUCCUUAAGAUGACUACUUACCUAUGAGGACAACAGUCUGUACCUCCCACUCGUCAUAAGAUCUCAAGGACCAAGGAAAACCUGCCCUCAUCUGUUGGUCAUCAUUAUUAUGAGCAAGUGACUGGCAAACUUUGAAUUAGGAUUUGCUCUAAAGUUUUAUUAUUAAAGAAUAUCAUUUAAUUGAAGUAAGACAUAUUGCCCUUAUUAAAAUUAUUUGUGGCUACUGUAAAUGAAAGUAUGUUUGAAUAUGGCUGAUGUUUGCACACUAUUCCAGUCUUUGUUGGGGAUUCAGGUUCAGUAAAUCCUCGAUCAGCCUACCUACAGGAUCAAGUUAUGGCCUUGAUGAUGAAAGUUUAAGCAGGAUUGUCAUUGUGACUCUGCCUUUCCGUGACUAUUGAAAGUCUCUGUCUCUGUCUCUGUCUGUGUGUCUCUGUCUGAGUGUCUCUCUCUCUCUCUCUCUCUCU